UUUAAUUUACUUCCCAUACAGCAAAUAGCGUGUACAAGGUGCAAAGCGAUGGUGCUCUAAAAACAAAAUUAUUCUACCGAACAUCAAAUUCAUGAAGAUUUUCCUUAGACAACUUGAAAGGCUAAAGCAUGGAGGACAUGGAAGAAGAAAGUUCUGGUCUAAAUGACGACCACAACCAUAACUAUUGUGAAAACCGUGCCAGUGGACAAGUCCACUAUCUCAGGACCGAGCUGUCAAAUGAACCCCAGCCCCUACCCAUUUUGCCGGUUCUGGGCACGCGAGAUGUAGGGCCCCAGGGGAACCACGCAAAGGUUUGUUCCAGUUCCAGCAGUGGUUCAAAGUUCAUGGAUUCAGACUCGAGCAGCGUGAGCAGUGACACCAGCGAGACUGACAGUUCAUCGUCGGCUUCCAUCGCAGGGAAACUGACCCUGAACUCAGCCUCAAAGUUUCUAAUGAAUGCAAUGACCGAAGAGGACUAUAGAACCACAUACUGGCCGAAUCUGGAGAAAGCCAUUGACCACCUGCUGAUACAAAACCCCAUGGACCACAUCUCCAUUUCAUAUGAGCAGAUAUACAGUUACGUGUACAAGUGUGUUUGUCAACAGCACUCUGAGCUACUGUACAAAGACUUGAUGCUGAAGAUUACUACCCAUCUUCAACAAGUCUCAUCUGAUUUACAGAUCAGUCCACCAGGGAAUUUCAUUGAGAAUUUCAACAUUGCUCUGACUCAGUACACAGAUGCUCUUCAAUGCAUAGUUCCUGUAUUCAUCUACAUGAAUAAGUUCUACAUUGAAACGAAGUUAAACCGACACCUGCGAGAAGAUCUCAUGAAGCUUUUUACUGAUCAUGUUGCAGAAAAACAUGUGAACACGUUGAUACCUCUUCUCCUCGAAGCCCAUUCCAUGCCUUUUCAAGUCAGACCUUCAACAAUGGCCAGUGUGGUGAAAGGCCUCUAUACUCUUCGGCCAGAUUGGGCACAUUUAGCCCCAGCUCUCUUCUCUGGAUUCAUUCCUCAAAUCAACCCCCCAACAGUGGAAUCCCAGCUCUCUGACUAUGCUGCUCGUGACCAGAAACUACAAAUGGAGCUCUCUCUGAAUGGCUUUCCCAGAGGUGACCAGUCUCGUAAGAGAGCCAGCGAGGAGUCUGCAUAGAGUGCUCAGACAGUCAGCGACCUGGCUCAACCCAAAUUCACAAAACACCGUGAACGAUUAAGAUUCUCUGAUGCUGAGUGCAGUGGGUGAGCAUAAGCAUGGGCUCAUUUUUGACCCGCAAGAGUCAUAGUGGACACUCCUUUCUUUGCCUCUUCUGAAAAGCACAGUGAAUUCAUAAGGGUGCAGAAUGAUUCUGUCAGCUUUUGGUGAUGAAUCCAUCUUUAUUGUUAAGGUAUUAUGUGGUUUAAUGUCUAGUUUUUUUUAUUUUCUUCAUUAAAGUGUGCCUUCUGCUCUGCUUUGUUGGGAUAUUCAAGUUGCCUAUUAGAUGCCAUUAACCAGGUGGAUUGGGCAUGAUUCCAAGUUUGACCACAUACUGUAUACUGUGUCAAUCAUGGGUCGUGUUCAUUAGGGUAUGCCGCGGAAAACAUAAACAAUAACAAUGGAAAACAAAAGGAACAUUUGUCAGUUUUCUUCCGCUUUGUGCCUAAUGAACAUGAUUGUGAUCUCUAACCAGGGCCACCCUGAUCUGUUAUUGGUCUGAUUGAUCUGAUUCAGUAACUAUGACAGUCUGCUGCUAUUCCUCAUCUGUUGUUGUGUAGAACACUUGAUUUUUGUCUGUCUGGUCUGUGUAACUAAUAUUGACAGUUGUUUGGAUAGGAACCAAUUGUGUCUCUUUGUAUCAGUCAGAUCUGUUAACGUCUGUCACAAAAGACUAGGGUCUGGGAAGUGGGAACAUUUCCUCCUGAAUUUCAGAAAGUUCGACAGUAGCACAUACCUUAUUAGGUAUUUUGAUGUUUAGGCAACUUUAAACAAUGGUUUAUCUGGAACUUACAGAAUAAAAUAUGUCCUGUAUAACAGAAUUUCUUUCUCAAUGGGUACGAAACAGCAACAAAGCUUGUUCUGUUACAUUUAGUCUAUUUCAAAUGUAUGAGCAUUAGUAUACAAAAUAGGAGUAAAGUUUAGGUUAUAACUGAAUAGGUUAUGUAGGUAAUUGUUUAAAGGACUAUUUUCUACAACAUUUAUCCUUUAUUGCGUUGUUUUUGAACCAGAUCGUAUUUACCAAGCAUGCCAAAGAUGAUUCACAAUGUUUUUAUUCCCUGUUAUAAAACAUUGCAUUGUGACUCCAGAAAUGAUGGUGUCAGUCUCCCCAUGUUGCUGCUGUAUCUGCAUUAGCCUACCCAUUGUACCAAGUUACUGAGCCAAUUGAUUAGGAUCAAUUAUUGAAACUGUUGUGAAUUUGGUUACAAUAAUGAUGUAGGUGGAGGUCAAAUUAUCCCUGUGUUCUCUCCAGUUUCCCUGAUGAUGUAAACAGAUCCAGACACAGUGUGGUUAUGAUCAAUGUACGGUAGUUACUGUCAUAGAGUUACCUUUGUUACAUGUGGUUUAUGUUAAAUGAAAGUAUUUGAUACAGCUCUUUGCACUGUUUUAAGUGUAAUGUGAUGCUCGGGCUUGUUUUUUUCUGUGAGGAUGUUGGAGAUGGCACACUCAUUGUCUUAUGUACAGUUUUACUUUCAAUAAACAAAUCUUGAAAAGGA